GUGUGUGUUUUAAUUGUGCGAAAAAAAAUAUUGAAACAAAACAUGCUAGAGUAUCAAUGGGAACAACAUCCAGGUGUCUGAUAAGUGUCACAGUGCUUGCAACCUACAUAUGUAUAUAUGUAUAAAUGCAGAUAAAAUGAGUUAAAAGUAAACAACUACGUUUUAACACUAUAUUAGAAUAUGGAAUAAGCACAGUACUCACACGAUUAGAAUUUAUGUACAUAUGUACGUAUGUUAAGCCGUACACCUAUACCUCUCACACAUACACACAAUCAUACAUAUAGUACAUACAAACAUAUGUAGAUGCAGGCUAAAGACAAGUAAUUUUGAAAAAGCAACACAGCUUACAACAGCGAUCAUACUUAAAAACAAGCAAUAUUGAUAAAAACAAUAUAGAAUAUUUGAAAUUUUCGUAUAAAAGUAAAAUCUGAAAUGUCGCGCACACAUUUCUCUAAUAAACAUCGUCUAGCUAUGGCUGGCGCAGCGGUGGCAGUGGUGCUUUUAUUGUUAUGUUUGCUUAGUUCAAACGUUCUUUCAUUCGUGUCCGAAGACAAAGCCGAUGCUGAUACUUUAGAAUUACUACAUGUGGUUUUCCGACACGGACCACGAACACCCGCAGACACAUAUCCAAAUGACCCACACAUUAACCAGACAUUCUCUCCUUUCGGAUGGGGGCACAUAACCAAUAACGGCAAGCGUGAGCUAUUUGGCAUUGGAACGUGGCUGCGCAAGCGUUACGCAGACUUCAUGGCGCCAUACUAUACGCCAGACGUGGCGCACGCUCAAGCAACGGGUGUUGCACGCACCCACAUGACACUGCAGACAGUCUUGGCGAGUUUGUUCCCCCCAAAAGAUACGCCCAUGGAAUGGCAUCCGAAAUAUAAUUGGCAGCCGGUGCCGGUGUUUUCGCAGCCACUCAAUGAGGAUUCUUUACUGUUGGUGCGCACACCUUGUCCGCGUUAUUUUGAGGCUUUAGGUGAAGUUUUAGAGUUGCCAAAUGUAAAAGCGGAAAUUGAACCAUACCUCGGCAUGCUGAGCGAGUUGUCACUCUUAACCGGCAUGAAUUUAACGCAACCGGAAGACAUACAAUCGCUUUACCUAACACUUUUAGCAGAGCAAGAAUUUGGUCUAAAACUUCCUGAUUGGACGAAGAGUUACUUCCCUCAACAAAUGCAGUUCCUAACCGAUCAAAGCUACAUUUAUAAUGUUUAUACGCCAGAGAUGCAAAAGAUAAAGGCUGGACCAUUUUUGCAGAAAAUGUUCACUGAAAUGCAGGAAAAACGCGACGGCAAACUGAAACCAGAGACGCGAAAAAUAUUUAUUUACACAGGACAUGACACGACAGUGGUCAAUAUUUUGUCUAGCUUAAAAAUAUGGAAGCGACAGUUGCCACGUUACUCGGUUAUGACUAUUUUUGAAUUGCACAAGAAUAAGCUUACCGGAGAGUAUUAUGUAGAGGUUUACUUUCGAAGUCAUGCCAAAGCGCCAUUAGAGAAGCUGACAGUACCAGGCUGUGAUUUUCAAUGCCCCUUAGACAAAUUAAUUGAACUAAGUGGUGAUGUACUUCCAAACGAGCCAUAUGAUGUGCGUUGCGCUUCAAAGAAUGAAGGUUUCACGGAGCCACCGCUCAAAGGACCUUAAGUGAUAUAUACAUAGAACAAAGUAUUUUUAUAACGCGUCAUUUAAUUUGUAACAUUUUAUUUAUUGCACGAAUAUUUAAAUUUAAUUUAGUUGUAAGUUCUUAAAGAAAUUGUUUGUAUGAGAAAAUAAAUUAAUUUAUAGAUAA